ACUGCCAGUCCUGCCUGCAUUUGGACAGCACAAGAAAAGACAAGACAAGACAAGACGAGACAAGGAGAGCGGACCAGAAGAGAAGAAGAUGCCAGCCAUUUUGGUCACCCCCAAGAUGAAGUCAGGAUUGCCCAAGCCUGUGCACAGCGCUCUGCCCAUUCCUCAAUCUCACAUUCAGACACGGAUGACUCAGAGCAGCGGUGCGAAGCUCACACACCACUCCAGUCUGAGGAAAAGCAGCCAGAGCGCUGGUGCACCGCAGGGAAAGAGUCACACGGCCAACGAAACGUCUACGGAUCCACAGAUUUAUACAGACUGGGCAAACCACUACCUGGCAAAGUCGGGUCAUAAGCGCUUGAUCAGAGACCUUCAACAGGACAUAACUGAUGGAGUCCUUCUGGCUGAGAUCAUCCAAGUUCUAGCCAACGAGAAGAUUGCUGAUAUCAACGACUAUCCAAAGAGCCGCUCUCAAAUGAUUGAGAACAUUGAUGCCUGUCUUGGGUUUUUGGCAGCUAAAGGAGUGAAUAUAAAGGGGCUCUGUGCUGAAGAGAUCCGCAGUGGCAACCUGAAAGCCAUCCUGGGCCUAUUUUUCAGCUUAUCACGCUACAAACAACAGCAGCAAAAUGCAACACUGAAGCAAGCCAACGACGAGACACACAUCCUUCAGACUGCCCGUGUCCGUAGUGCCAGUCCCGCCCAGGCACACUCGCCUUGGUGCACUUCCCAUGCACCCCCCUGCUCAGUCCACAUCCAUAAGCACGAGGAGCACAACACCGGUGCAUCUGUGCUCAAGACUCAAGAGGACAUGCAGUCGAAACUACCAGGUCCAUUGAUCCAGCCAAGGAGAUCGAGCAGCAGACGGAGUCAGAGCUUCAUACAUCGUGACGAGUCUAAAAGCCAGAUGUUAAGCUGCACUCAGCACACAGAUAAAUCAAGUCCAUCUCCAAUAAUGGUUGACCAAGGACCUCCCAGUUCUCCUAUUCCUUCGUCUAGCAGCACCACUGGCACCACUAGCACCAAAGAAUGGAGGAGCAAGUCUUUCAACGCCAAGCACAGUGCCACCUCCUCUAUUCUUUCCACCAAACAGCCUUCCUCAACUUCCCUGGAAGUUCCUCCCAAAGUCAUUGCCCAAAAGUCCAUGCUAGACAAGCUAAAGCUCUUUAACAGCAGACCCUCUUCUCGAGCAUCCAGCAUCACAUCUUUAGAAGAUCCUGAAGCUAUAAAUCCAAGUCCGAAUGAAGUAAACAUUUGUCCUGUCCAUCUAGAAGCACAUCUAGGCAACCAGCCACUUAUAACGGCAGGUAACUCCAGUCCUAAGCUGGCAAUAAAAGGUAUCGCACAAAGGACACUGGGUAGGACUUUGGUGCCCAAGGUCAAGGCUGUUGAGAGGGACAAAGACAAAAUGAAAUCCAAAGCCAAAGAUAAAACAACAAAACGAUGUUCCUACAUUGAGCAAGACCGGAUUAUGGAAGAACGGGUAGAAAACAGGGCUGAAACUCCGACAUUGGCUGAUGGUAAAAAAUCCACUUUGAUUCACAAAGGAACCAAGAACCAUAACGCUAAAAAAGAAGGGUCUCCACAAAGUGGUAUACCCAAACUGGGGCAAAACAGUAAAGCCUCAGGGGUGGUAAAGAACUCGGUUGUGCACCCUGGUGGAAAAGUAGAGCCUUCUCGUGUUUUUAGAGCUGGAGGUGCUGCAUUGGCGCAUAAAUGUCCAUCGGAGAACAAGAACUCUAACUCUGCUUCUAGGUUGGUGUCGACAGAAAGACGAUGCAGUCAAAACAGUUCAAGUAAUCUCACUCAGACCAGCAGUACGAACAACAUUCAGCUUCCUCAAGCACAGCAAAGCCAUCCCAACACGGCUACAGUCGCCCCCUUCAUGUACAGGUCUCAGACAGACGUGGAUAAGACAGGUAUGACUGAAGAAGGAGAAGAAAAGAAGGAGAGAUCUGUCCUUCACAGCAAAUCCAUCCACACAUCUUUGGAAAGCCUGACAGGUGAGGAUUCUGAGAGCAGGAGACUAAGGACAGUUAAGAACAUUGCUGAUUUGAGACAAAACCUGGAGGAAACCAUGUCCAGCCUGAGACACGUCACUCAUAUCAGUCACAGCACCCUGCAGACGACUUUUGAUGCCUGCAUUACCACAGAGAUCAGCACAAGAGACUCGCUCGCCCUCACUCCCCGCUCCGUCUCGGCCUCUCCAUGGCAACCGGGUACAUCUGGUCCACGUCUUCAGGCGGGCGACGCCCCCUCGUUAACUACUGGUUUCGGCUCCAACAAGGCCGAGAUGUUGGAGGCUAUCACGGCGGACGGAGCAGGUUACGUGAGCGAUGGAGACAUCCUGGGAAGGAGUGUCAGGAUGGACAGCGCCACCAGCGGCUACAUGACAGACGGAGGGCUCAGCGUGUAUGCACGUCGAACCCACAAACACUCCUCCACGCUUCUCCACUGCGAAAGCCAUACUGACAUUGACAGCUGGGACGACAGCAGCUCAGUCAGCAGUGGUAUCAGCGACGCUCUAGACACAGAUGACCUCAACACCAGCUCGUCUCUCAGCUCCUUCGUCAACACUCCAUCUGCUCCCCUCAGGGACAUAGAAGAGAAGCUCCAGACGGAUGCUGAGAAGCGUUCUGCCAUUGGGUGCAACUCCACCUGGAACGACGACCUCAGGCGUCCUGACGGCUGCUCAGACCCUGGAAUUGAGAUGGAGACCGACUCAAAGUGGUGCAACCCGUCUAAUUUCUCAGACGAAUCAGAGCGCACUUUGACGGGGCGCAAACCUCAUACCAUAUCUCAAACAGGUUCUUGGAGGCGAGGCAUGAGCGCCCAGAUGGGCAUCACCUGUCCAAGGACAAAGACUCUGACCCCAACGAAUUGCAGCCCACUGAAAAUCCAUAGUAAUGGCAAAACAGACGACGCCAAAGUGUCAGAGAAAAGUCGUUUCUCACCACAGGUACCUACAUAUGAAAGCAAGAAGCUUCCCUUAAGCUCCAGCUCCCACACACCUACCAACACAUUCGGCUUCAAGAAAAGCUCCACCGCAGUAACAAUAACUGCCAGUGGGGCCAUAGUGACAAGUGGCUCAGCCACCCUGGGGAAGAUCCCUAAGUCUGUAGGCUUUGGCUCAUCUCGUCUUGUUGGUAAGCAGACUAGUGUCGAUGAUGGAUACCUCCCACCGAGUUCUCGAAGCACCCUCCAGUACCGGAGUCUACCUCGGCCUAGUCGUUCCAGCACUAACCGUGGUACCGGUCGCUCCUUUGAUGCCACCUCUCUUAGCAAAGGCACAGCCACUCUCCCCCACCCGAAGAACAGCAGCCUGUCCAGGUCCAGUGUCAACCAGACAGACCGGGAGAAGGGAGUGUUCUCAGACAAUGACAGCCUAGCUUUGGGACCAAUAAACAAAGCCGGUGGUGGGGCUCAGUGCCAGCCAGGUAGACAGUCAGUAGGGAAGAGCACCGAUACCUCAUCCCCUACCAUGCGCAGGCUCUUUGGGAGUAAACCAGGCGCCAAGCCAACCCCCAUCACCACCUCUGACAGCAUGAAGAACUCCGCCAUAAUUUCCAAUCAACACACAGCUUCCAUCCAGACCUGCGCUCUCGAGACACCACCAGUCAGUAGCGGAAGCACACGUGGUCCCCUGCAUGGGGAAAAUCUACCAAUUACGCAGAAGUCAACAAGCAGUGAUGGCAUUAAGGGUUCUCUGGGCAAAGAAGAGACACUUCCUGACCGCACCACCCGGACCGGCCAGUCGGACAGGUAUCCUCACCUGCCACAAGGACGGGUAACAGAAGAGGCACGUGAUUGGCUGAAUGGCGGCAUUCAGGAUUCGCCGGUCUCCUCCCCUUUUUCACCUGCCUCCAACCUCAGCUCACCUUCAGCAACACGCUUCAACUUCACCACCACUGGCGGUCCCGUCAUGGCUGCGCAGAUAAACCUGGCAACGCUGCGGUCCUCUACCAAUCAGGAUGGGCCACAUGAACAGCAGGUCGAUGCUCGUCUACGCAAUGCCACACACUCUCUGGUGGAGAAAAACCGCACCAUGAGCACCUCUGGAUCUUUCCGUGAAGCACUGGAGGAAGUGCAUGGCUCUUCUCUGUCUCUGGUGUCCAACACAUCAUCUGUUUACUCCACGCCUGAAGAGAAGUCUCAGUCAGAGAUCCGAAAGCUUAGGAGAGAGCUGGAGGCAUCUCAGGAGAAAGUGUCAACGCUUACCACGCAGCUAAGUGCCAACGCUCACCUGGUAGCAGCAUUUGAGCAGAGUUUGGGCAACAUGACAAUCAGAUUGCAGAGCUUAACCACCACAGCAGAACAGAAGGACACAGAGCUGAAUGAAAUGAAGAAGACCAUCGAUCUGUUGAAGAAGCAGAACACCGUGGCUCAGGCUGCCAUCAGCGGAAUCAUUAACACACCAGAGACCCCGAACAAAGACUCUUCAGUCGGUUCUCCUCUCUCAGCACCAGCAGCAGAUCUUCAGAUCCAGCGGCAGCCUUCCUCUGACAGUGUGUCGAGCCUCACCAGUCACUCCAGCCUGGAGCUCGACGCCAACAGCAAGAAGAAACGGAAGAACUGGCUACGGAGCUCUUUUAAACAGGCCUUCGGGAAGAAAAAGUCCCCGAAGACGCUCUCGUCUCAUUCAGACGUCGAGGAGAUGGAUGAGUCCUCGGUGCCCUCGUCACCCAGACUGCCGUAUGGCUGCCACUCCUCUGGGACGUCGUUGCUCAGACACUCACACUCCAACUCACUCCCUGUCCUUUCAUCGCUCUCCAUAUAUGGAAAUGGUUGGGGCCAUAACAGUGCUCCCAUCAGGACCAGCUCUCUGGCACGGAUCUCAGAGUGUACAGACUGUGAGACGGAGACGGUCAUGCAGUUACGCAGCGAGCUACGUGAUAAGGAGAUGAAGCUGACUGACAUCAGACUGGAGGCUCUAAGCUCCGCCCACCAACUCGACCAGCUCAGAGAGUCCAUGAACCGCAUGCAGGUAGAGAUGGAGAAGCUGAAACUGGAGAAUGAGCGUCUGAGAACAACCACUAGGGGGAGCUGCAGCACAACCACAGCACAGGCACCUGUGUGUCCCCCAGCUGUCGUCCUGUCCUCUCAGUCAAGCCUUACAGAGUCCACCAGCUUAGACAUGCUGCUGGAGGACAGUGGAGACGGAGGCUCUCGUAAAGAGGGACAUGUUAAGGUGGUAGUGAGUCUGGACAGAAACCCGGGGUGGAAAGAGGAGGUCAGGCAACACGACUUCCUGAUCGGCUGCAUCGGCGUCAGCAGUAAAACCAAAUGGGAGGUUCUGGAUGGUGUCGUUCGCCGACUCUUCAAGGAGUACAUUAUCCACGUGGACCCUGUCUCACAGCUGGGCCUGAACACAGACAGCGUGCUCAGCUACGGCAUCGGAGACGUUCAGCGCACCUGCGAAGCCGACACGCCGGAGCUGCUGCCCUGCGGCUACCUGGUGGGAGACAGUGACACCAUCUCCGUCCGGCUGAAAGGUGCUGAGGAGCACAGUGAGGAUGCCUUGGUGUUUGAGACUCUCAUCCCGAAGCCCAUCUUGCAGCGCUACGUUUCUCAGCUCCAGGAACACCGGCUGGUCAUUCUGUCCGGGCCCUCAGGCACGGGGAAGAGCUUCCUGGCCGCGAGGUUGGCUGAGCAUGUGAUCCUGAUGGAGGGACACUCACUAAGCAAACAGCUCAUCACGUCUUUCAGUGCGGACAACAAGUCCAACAAGGAGCUGCAGCAAUUCCUGUCUAACCUGACGGAGCAGUGUAGCAACAGAUCCAUGGUCGUGGUGGCACCUCGAGUCGUCAUCGUAGAAAACCUGCAUCAUGUUGGCUCUGUCAGCGAGCUCUUCAACAGCCUUCAAAACUGCAAAGACCACCGUUGCCCGUAUAUAAUUGGCACUAUGAACCAAACGUCAUCGUCCUCGUCCACCCCGAAUCUGCAACUUCACCACAAUUUCAGAUGGCUGCUUUGUGCUAACCACACUGAACCAGUGAAGGGCUUCUUGGGACGUUUCCUGCGGCGAAAGCUUCUAGAAACUGAGAUCAGCAGUCGCGUGCGUAAAGGCGACCUGGUGAAAAUCGUCGAGUGGAUCCCCUGUGUCUGGCAGCAUCUCAACCGCUUCCUGGAGACACACAGCUCUUCUGACGUCACCAUCGGGCCUCGCCUCUUCCUGUCCUGUCCCAUGGACGUCGAGGGUUCUCAGGUAUGGUUUACGGACUUGUGGAACUAUUCCAUCAUUCCCUACAUGCUCGAGGCUGUUCGUGAGGGUCUGCAGCUGUAUGGGAGAAAGGCAGCAUGGGAGGACCCGUCUCUCUGGGUGUUAGAGAGUUACCCAUGGCUGCCGGGUCUCCAGCAGCUCCAGUGUCCUCCUCUGCUUCAACUACGACGUGAGGACGUGGGCUUCGACAGCUUCCACAGAGACGCUGGCUCACAGGGCACAGAGAUCACCCCGGACGGAGCAGAUCACGACCCGCUGAUGAACAUGCUCAUGAGGCUAAAGGAGGCGGCUCACUGCACCGGCCCACCGAGCGACGACAGCGACUCCCAGCAGCAACUGUGACACCCAGGACGCCCGCGACCCAUCGGUGGAGUCGACACUGUGAUCAAAAUAUCAGUAUCUCUUAAUCUUCCAUGAAGAAAAGAGUUACAGCGUACAAAAAGAAGAAGAAUCGGUGUAGGAAACAUAGCACUCCAGUAGACCUGGAUUGAUUCAGAGACAUCAAGAAGCAGUUUGCUGACAUGACUGUGGACUAAACUGUUCCACACAGGAGUCGAGGCUACUACAGGUGGCUGUUGUUUUAAACACGCCCCCUUUGACUUUCUCUAACAGAUCAGAACUCUUUAAUAUAGUGACUUUUGCAAUCAGAAACAAAUAUUUGCUUUAAAUAUUGAUUUCUGUAGCAAUUUGCACACCCAAUUUUGUACACACAAAGUGCCAUACAGCUGCCCUGCCUUUAUAACUAGCCAUCAUGCUAGCUUGAAGUUUAGCAAGUACAACAAUGCUGCGUUCGACUUGCCUCGAACAUGGAAUUACACCUUACAGUAUUCAACCACACUGCUUUCAGUGAUAUGAAGUGGAGACCAAUAUUUUUGUAUUUGGUUGGCAGUAAUGAAUAAACUGUAUUUUCCUCAGAAAAACUGCAAACUGCCGAGUCAUCCUGGUGUUUUAGAUUUAACAAGCAAGCAUUUAGUGUAGGUCGAUUUAUCCGUUUGGCGUUUUCGUUUGAAUUUUCUGAUUUGAGGUCAAACACAGCUUAAAUUUAAGGUGUGAUGUCAUGUAUAAACAGGGGGUGGGGGGGGAGAGAAAAAUUAUAAACAAGCAAAUUAAGAAUUUUGAACAUUUUAAGAUUCCUUUAAGAUUCAGUUCAAAGAUUUUUUUUUAUCCCAAGGAAAGUUAGUCCCAUAUUUAAAUCAUCAUUAUUAUUAUUUUUUUUUAAAUGAUUAAAACCAGUCCAUUUAAAUGCACAUAUCAGCCAAAUCAAAUUUGCCACUUCGCUUUUAUAAAAAAAGCCUUAAACAAUAUAUAAAAUUUAGGUCUUGUGUGGUAUUGCAUUAUACAUUAUAAGAGCCAAUCAUACUUAUACAGUAUGCAAGUGAAGACUGCACAACACACCAGCAUACUAUACCAGGCAGUAUAUAAAUUGUUUAAGUUGCAUAUACAAUAUACGACUAGCUAUACAUUUCUCAUUGAAAAUUGAAAAUUUUAAUAUUUUCUGUUGUUUGUGGAACCAACAUAUCGGCAAUUGUUUGCUCAUGCUCUUUUCUAAGAUCUAUACAUUACACGAUUUUGUGGGUGCACACUAGAUGCCGCCAUAACCGUGUUUCUUUUUCAGGGCAUUUUCUUCAAGCUGCCUAUGUACUGUGUGACUUGUUAAGUUUUUGGAAAUGCAAUUCAUAUAUGCAAAAUCAGAGUGCAUAUUUAAAGGAGUUUUUUAACUCGACUGAUAUCUUUCAUGCACAAUCAAGAAAACUGUAUCAUAUGGACUCGUCUGUGAGCUUCCAUGCACAAUAUGGACCAUACCGUACACGUACCGUAUGUGGUGCUAACGCUCGCUAAUUAUUGCCUUAUUACUUUUGUUACUACAGUAGGAAUCAUAAAUGCUGGAAAAGUUUACACCAGUACACCACUGUGUUGGCGACUUUGGUUACGUGGGACGCAUUUGUAAUCAGAGCCAAUAAGGGAAAUACGAGUUCAUUGAGGUAAUCAGUAAAGCUUUGUUUUUACAUGAAAAAAGCGGCAGUGGAAAUGAAGGUGCUGUGUUAUAUCUCGCCAAACGUGGUGUUGGUAUGUUAAUGCUGGAAAAACCUUAAAUCACUGAUGCUUCCAGUAAAGUGAGAACUUUUAAACAAUUUCAAUUUCAUUUUGCUUUAAAGAAGUGGGUAUAUUUUCUUUGGUAAAGACCUGUCUUCUAAAAAUUAUUUACAAUUUCAUUUAUCUACAGAUCUUUUCCUGACCCUCGGCAAAGCUCAUUUGUUUUGUAAAAACUGUUCAACAUCUGGACCGGAAAUAUAUAAACCCUAAAAAUGAAGAAACUACCCAGAUCCAUUUAUAUAAAUAUUGCAGAAGAGUAUUUCUUUUCUUAGUUGAUAACCACGAGAUGAUUAUUAUUACAGGUCUAGAAGCACUUUCCAAAAAUUGAAAACUGCUCCUUUAAUCUUAACUAAUUUCCCGGGACAGUGAUAACUGCCUGUUUUUUUUUUUGUUGUUUUUUUUGUGAGAGUCUUUUUUGUUUGAAUGAAGCAUGAUUGUGUGAAUUGAUUAUGUGAAUUGCCAGCAGAGGAGAAAAAGAACUCUUGUUUUAUGUCUCUGUACACAGAAGCACUUUGAACAUACACACACACACACAGAGCAGACUUUGGCACUCUUUUGCCUAAUCUAAAGCCCUCUGAGCCGGAGUGAUUUGCUUUCUCCAGGGCCGAGUGCCGGCGUGUCUAGUGGCCCGAACCGGAGAAUUAUCUCGCCGUCCAUUUUCACGCAGUUUCAAAGGAGCACUCGGCACUGCUUUUGUUUCGACGUCUGCACUUUGUUCGCUCUUGAAAUGAAGGUUCUCAAGCUUUCAUGUGACGCACGACGUUGGACUUGUGAUGCCGAGCUUUUCUAAACGGACCUUUGGAUUAAAGAGACGCUAUGCAAUUUUUUUUUUCUCUAGUAGUUGUGGUUUCUUAUAAUGAUGCAUUGUUGAGCACACCAUUUGGUUAAAGAUCCUUUUUUUUUUUAAACACAUUGCUUUUUUGUUUAGAUGAUAAAUGGAAGAGGAAAAAUAUGCUUGUAAAAUAUGCUUGAGUGUUGUAAUGCCAUCUUUUUGGUUUGAUGUAGUUUCACAUGUACAGUAUGUGUGUAAAUUUUUAACCUUGUACCAGAAAUGGAACUUGUUUAAACUGUUCUUUAAAGUAAAUAGAGUAAAUUAUGUACAGAUGACUUUUUCUAUCACAUUGUACAGUUUAUUUAGUUAUAGAUUUUGGGGGGUUCUUGGAGAAUAAAGAUGAUUGCUCUCU